AUUGUACCUAAACUUCCUGUACAGGCUGCAGCAAGGAGAACCGAAGGACCUGGCCUGUUAUAAUCAUGGAUCAACACUUAUAUGUUCUGCCGGACGGUUUUAAGAUGAAGAUAAAGGAAGAACAGAUAGACCCUGAUAAUCCAUCAAUGGCAACAAAUACUGCAGUGUAUACAUCCCCUGGUGGUUUUCCAACAAUCUUUCCAGACAGUUCAGAAGUGAAGUCAGAGAAAGAAGAGCUGAACAUUGACAAUCAUCUGACUACAAUAAAGACCGAAACAGAUACAUUUGCUAUUGAUAGUUUUCCAACAAAGUUGGAGGUUAAGUCAGAGCCAGAAGGGUCGGAUACUGAGGAUUACAAGACCACAAUAAAUCAUGUGAUUGUUACAUCUACAGAUGAUGGUUUUACAACUAAAUUAGAAGUGAAGUCAGAACCAGAAGAGCGGGAUACUGAGGAUCAUGUGACCACAAUAAAUCAUGUGACUGUUACAUCCACAGAUGAAGGAUUUGCAGGAAAUAUAGUAGUGAAGUCAGAACCGGAAGCAGAUUAUCAUGUGACCACAGUAAAUCAUGUGACUGUUACAUCCGCAGAUGAUGGUUUUACAACUAAUUUUAAGGUGAAGUCAGAACCGGAAGACUCGGAUACUGAUUAUCAUGUGACCACAAUAAAUCAUGUGACUGUUACAUCCACAGUUAAUGAGAACAAGUUGAAUAUUACAAACCCACAUCAGAGAAGACCAAAACUUAUACUGAUACCACAGAGCCCUGAAAUGCUGAGAGCUAAUGACUGUGGUCAACUGGUAGAUGUAUCCCAGAAGCCUUUGCAAGAUACUAUUGGAGAACUUACAGCAGAGACACAGACUAAUAAAGAUUUGAAGCAAAAAGAAGAUACUGGCACAGUAGAGAAAUCAUUCCCUUGUACAGAAUGUAGUAAAAUCUUUGGAAGCAAGCGAGGUCUCCAGAGACACCAACGAAUUCAUACAGGGGAGCAGCUAUAUAAAUGUGCUAUGUGUGGGAAAUGUUUCACGCAAAAGAGUAGCCUCACAUAUCAUGAAAGGAUCCACACAGGAGAGAAACCAUUCACUUGUAUGGAUUGUGGAAAAAGCUUUAUAUGUAAUUCAGAUCUCUUAAAACAUCAAAGGAUUCAUACAGGGGAGAGACCAUUUAUAUGUAAAGAGUGUGGGAAAUGUUUCACACACAAAAGUACCCUCAUAACUCAUAAAAUUAUACAUGGAGGAAAGAAAUCAUUCUCUUGUAUGGAAUGUAAAAAAAGUUUUGUAUGUAACGCUCAUCUGGUAAAACACCAAAGGAGUCAUACAGGGGAGAAACCAUUUACAUGUACAGAAUGUGGGAAAUUAUUUAGGAAUAAGAGUAGCCUCACAUCUCAUGAACUCAUGCACAGAGGGGAGAAACCAUACCCUUGUAUGUAUUGUGGAAAAGGCUUUGCACAUGCGUCAGAACUCUUAAAACAUGAAAGGAUUCAUACAGGGGAGAAACCAUUCACUUGCAUGGAAUGUAACAAAAGUUUUGCUUGGAAGUCUUGUCUCAUAAAACAUAAACGGAUUCAUACAGGGGAGAAACCGUUUUCAUGUACAGUGUGUGGGAAAUGUUUCUCACAAAAGAGUAAUUUAACAGCUCAUGAAAUGACCCACACAGUGAAGAAAUCAAACAAAAGUUUGAACUCUUUUAUAUGUACAGAAUGUGGAGAAAGCUUUUCAAGUAUGUCAGUUCUCCAAAGUCAUCUAAAUAUUUGUACAGGAGAGAAACCUGUACCAUGUACAGAGUGAGAUAAGUGUUUCUCAAGAAAUAAUACACAAAAGGGAAAAAUAUUAAUUUGUAGCAAAACCAUUGAACUUAUUGUAUAAAUAUUAACCUAUGAGUGGUGUCUUUUUAAAGCAGAACAUUUUUUUUCCAAAAACGCAUUUUGGCACACAUAAAUAUUCACACAGUGAUAAAUUGUUUUACCUGUACAUAUCUCAUAACUUACCGGAAGUAUAGAAUGUAGAACUUGUUUUAAAGAAAAUGGAUAUGUCUGUUCAUAGGAUGUCCUUCCCACAACCUCUGUACUUUAAUCAGAUAACUACUUUUUAAAACCUUAUAAGGAGGGGCACUUGGGUUUUUCCCCGUUAUAUUUCUGAUUGCUAUCACAUGUAAUGAGGAACGGUCCUUAAAUAGUUGGUCAUUAAUUGCUUUUUUCUCUGUGAGAGACAGCACUUCUAAAGUUAUUUGGCCACUUAUUUAAAAUAAAUUCUUCCUUUCUAAGAUGUAGGUAACCAUUAUAACCAGAGAUGUUUAGGGUCUCCCAUCUCCACCAUUUAUUUUAAUACAUAAUAUAUUAAAUAGGGAAUCUGACCUUUCAAAUGAUGGGUUACAAACCUUUUUAGGAUACAGGUAAUUACCUUGUAAAAUGUAAUAAUUGUAAUACUAUUAAACAUGGAUAUUUGUAAUACUAUUAAACAUGGAUAUUUGUAAUACUAUUAAACAUGGAUAUAUAUAUGGGAA